CGUUAGCUCAAAGCCAGCCUGCGGCUUCUGUUCCCUGCGAGUUGAGCUGCACCCAUUAUCCAGACACCAGCGGUGCUCCGUUUGCGGUGUUGAAAACUGAGAAUUUGCUCCUGUUAAUGACAACGAACACUACAACCCAAAAACUGAACAGUCAGUCCAACUGGGUAGGGAAAAUAGAAGCACGUUUAGUUUGUCAUCAUGUUUAAUCUGAUGAAGAAGGAUAAGGAGAGAGAGGGGAGCAGGAAGGAGAAGAAAGACAAAAAAGAGAGGAUGUCUGCAGCAGAGCUACGCAGCUUGGAGGAGAUGAGCAUGCGAAGGGGUUUCUUCAACCUGAAGAGGGAGGCCAAACGUGAGUCCAAGAACAAACUGGAGAUCUCCAACCCCAUUCCCAUCAAAGUUGCCAGCAGCAAUGAGCUCACUCUCACUGACAUUGAGUCGGAUGGCUUGAGCAACCGCAGCAGCAUGGUCUUGGAUGACCAGCUGAGUGCUGCCAGCUCCACUGAUGACUUGAAGGGUGAGGGUGGAGGAGGACAGGAUGGACACCGCAGCUCAGUGCGUGACCGUGUGGCACACUUUGGUUCUCUUGCCAAGCAGAACUCCUCACAGAUGGGUCAGAUGAUGAAACGCUUCUCCUUUUCCCAGAGGAGCAAAGAGGAGAGCCCUUCAGAGAGCUCCACCCCUUCAGGCCAGAAUUCUGCUGCCCCAUCCCCACAGGUGGAGAGCAAAGUCUUUAGCAUGCUCCGCAAGCACAGUCUUAUGCAGCAGCCAGAAGCAGCACCCUCCAAAAAAGUCUGCAUCCCUGAAGUGGUCGACAAGACCUUUCCUGCAGACUUGCAACUGCCCACUGUGGUUGCACCGAGUGCCCCAGAAACACGAGAGCUCGAACUCCAACGCCGCAAUACUGGUGACUUUGGAUUUUCUUUGCGUCGCACAACUAUGCUAGACCGUAGCCCUGAUGGAGGAGUGUACAGACGUGUGGUUCAUUUCGCUGAGCCUGGUGCUGGCACCAAGGAUCUGGCACUAGGGCUGGUACCGGGCGAUAGGCUGGUGGAGAUAAAUGGCCGGAAUGUGGAGAAUAAAAGCCGGGACGAGAUAGUGGAGAUGAUCCGUCAGUCGGGAGACACUGUAAGGCUGAAGGUGCAACCCAUCCUGGAGCUGAGUGAGCUGAGCCGCUGCUGGCUGAGGAACACCGAGGGGCUGCGCAGAGAGGCCAGACAUCUGGAGCCGGCAGUGAGUGUUUCAUCUUCUGUCCAAGCCUCCGUCCCUGCAGCCCUGCAGCCCCAGGGCUCACUUCAGGGAUCCGUGGAAGAGGAUCCUUUUACACUCCUCCAAGCUUCUCAUGCUGCAGCUAAGCAAUCACAGGUGAAGACAGAAGAGCAGAUUGCAGCAGAGCAGGCCUGGUAUGGAUCUGAGAAAGUCUGGCUUGUCCACAAGGAUGGCUUCUCCCUGGCCACCGUGGUGAAGACAGAGGCUGGCUCCUUGCCAGAGGGCAAAUUGAAGAUCAAGCUGGAGCAUGAUGGGACAGUAUUGGAUGUGGACGAAGACGAUGUUGAAAAGGCCAACCCUCCAUCAUAUGACCGAUCAGAAGACCUGGCUUCACUGCUCUAUCUGAAUGAAUCCAGUGUGAUGCACUGCCUGCGGCAGCGCUAUGGAGGCAACCUCAUCCACUCCUAUGCUGGACCCAACAUUGUGGUCAUCAACCCCCUGAGCACGCCCUCCAUGUACUCUGAGAAAGUGAUGCACAUGUUCAAAGGCUGUCGGCGUGAGGACGCUGCUCCUCAUAUCUACUCUGUUGCCCAGUCAGCUUACCGCAAUCUGCUGACCACCCGGCAGGAUCAGUCAGUGGUGCUGCUGGGCAAGUCUGGCAGCGGCAAAACCACCAACUGCCAGCACCUGGUCCAGUACUUGGUCUCCAUUGCGGGCAGCACGGGCAAAAUCUUCUCUGCUGAGAAAUGGCAGGCAGUGUACACCAUCCUGGAGGCUUUUGGCAACAGCUCCACUGCUAUGAACACCAACGCCAGCCGCUUCUCCCAUGUAGUGUCUCUGGAUUUCGACCAGGCUGGGCAGGUGGCCUCCGCUUCCAUACAGACAAUGCUGCUGGAGAAACUGAGGGUGAGCAGGCGACCUGAGACGGAAUCCACCUUUAAUGUCUUUUACUACAUGAUGGCUGGAGCUGAUAGCAGCCUGAGAACUGAACUCCACCUUAACCACAUAGCUGAGAACAGUGCUUUUGGAAUCCUCCCUCAGUCUAAGCCUGAAGACAAGCAGCGAGCCUUGCAGCAGUUCACUAAGCUGCAGGCCGCCAUGAAGGUGUUGGGCAUCUCUGGUGAAGAGCAGAAGGCACUUUGGCUCAUCUUGGGGGCCAUUUACCACUUGGGUGCUGCAGGGGCCACUAAAGCUGGACGUCGGCAGUUUGCCCGUCAUGAAUGGGCCCAGAAGGCAGCCUAUCUUUUGGGCUGCACCUUGGAGGAGCUGUCCUCUUCGAUCUUUAAGCAUCAGGCCAAAGGCCUGCAGCACUCUACCUCAUUUAGAGGAGGACCGGAUGAGGCGGGCCAGGGUGAAAGCUCAGGCUCUAAGGUCACAGCUCUGGAGUGUUUGGAGGCCAUGGCAUCAGGACUCUACUCUGAGCUCUUCACUCUUGUCAUUUCCCUAAUCAACAGGGCUCUGAAGUCCAGUCAGAACUCUUUGUGUUCCCUGCUGAUUGUGGACACUCCAGGUUUCCAGAACCCUCGGCUGGCUCAGCAACAGAGGGGAGCCACAUUUGAAGAGCUCUGCCACAACUACACCCAGGAGAGGCUGCAGACGCUGUUCCAUCAACGUACCUUUGUCCAGGAGCUGGAGAGAUACAAGGAGGAAAACAUAGAGCUUGCUUUAGAUGACAUAGAGUCCAGUACCUCACUGUCUGUAGCAGCUAUUGAUCAAGCCUCAACCCAAGCACUGGUUCGUACUCUGGCCAGAACGGAUGAGGCUCGAGGUCUUCUGUGGCUGAUGGAAGAGGAGGCUGUUCAGCCUGGAGGUUCAGAGGAAACCAUGCUGGAGAGACUCUUCAGCUACUAUGGCUCUGCACAGGGAGAAAACAAAGGAACUGGUCUGCUGCUCCGAGGAGAGAAGCCCCACCUCUUUCUUCUGGGCCACAGCCACGGGACAGACUGGGUGGAAUACAACACUCGGGGCUGGCUGAGCCACGCCAAGCACAACCCUGCUGCCCAGAAUGCUGCCACACUGCUGCAGGACUCCCAAAAGAAGAACAUCAGUGGGCUGUUUAUGGGCCGGGCCAGUGGGGCCACAGUGUUGUCGGGUUCCAUUGCUGGUCUGGAGGGCAGCUCCCAGCUCGCCCUGCGACGAGCCACCAGCAUGAGGAAGACCUUCACCACAGGCAUGGCUGCUGUUAAGAAGAAGAGUUUAUGUAUCCAGGUCAAGCUCCAAGUGGAUGCUCUAAUUGACAUGGUGCGUCGUUCAAAGGUUCACUUUGUCCACUGCCUGCUGCCCAAAGCUGAGGCGGUGGGAGGAGGUGAUGUCCGUGUGACGCAUGGAGAGAGCCCAGACUCGGGCCUUAUGACUUUGGAUGUGGGUCUUCUCAGAGCUCAGCUCCGGGGAUCCAAGCUGCUGGAUGCUCUGCGCAUCUACAGGCAAGGAUACCCAGACCACAUGGUGUUCUCUGAGUUCCGCAGGCGUUUUGAUGUCCUGGCACCUCAUCUGACCAAGAAGCAUGGCCGCCACUAUCUUGUGACAGAUGAGAAGAGGGCAGUGGAGGAGUUGCUGGAGUCCUUGGAGCUGGAGAAGAGCACCUACCACAUGGGGCUGAGCAGGGUGUUCUUUAGAGCAGGAACUCUGUCCAGGCUGGAGGAACAGCGAGAUGUCCAAACUCGGAGGAAUAUCUCUCUGUUUCAGGCUGCCUGCAGGGGAUACCUGUCCAGACAAGCCUUCAAGAAGAGGAAGAUCCAGGAUCUGGCCAUUCGCUGCAUCCAGAAAAACAUAAAGAAGAAUCGUGGUGUCAAAGACUGGCCAUGGUGGAAGCUCUUCACCACCGUCAGACCUCUGAUAGAGGUGCAGCUCACUGAAGAACAGAUCCGGGGCAAGGAUGAAGAGAUCCAGCAACUCAAACAGAAACUGGAGAAAGUAGAGAAAGAGAGGAAUGAGCUGAGACUGAACAGUGACCGUCUUGAGAGCCGGAUCACCGAGCUGUCAUCAGAGCUGGCUGAUGAGCGGAACACUGGAGAAUCAGCCUCUCAGCUGCUAGAGACAGAAACUUCUGAGAGACUCCGACUGGAGAAGGACAUGAAAGAUCUGCAGACCAAGUUUGACAGCAUGAAGAAACAGAUGGAGUCCAUGGAGAUGGAGGUGAUGGAGGCACGACUCAUCAGGGCUUCUGAACUCAAUGGAGAGAUGGAGGAUGAUGACACAGGAGGAGAGUGGAGACUGAAGUAUGAACGAGCCAUCAGGGAGAUUGAGUUCACCAAGAAAAGGCUGCAGCAGGAGUUUGAUGACAAGCUGGAGGUGGAGCAGCAGAACAAGCGGCAGCUAGAGAGGAGGAUAAGCGACCUGCAGGCUGAUUAUGAAGAAUCCCAACGAAACAUCCAGCAGCUGAAGAAGAAAACCCAGCGGUUGACAGCUGAACUGCAGGACACUAAACUUCACUUGGAGGGCCAACAAAGUCGCAACCAUGAUCUGGAAAAGAAGCAGAGAAAGUUUGACAGUGAGCUCAGUGCUGCCCAGGAGGAGGUGCAGAGGGAGAAGAGCCUGAGGGAGAAACUGGCCCGAGAAAAAGACAUGCUGACUGGAGAGACCUUCAGCCUCCGACAGCAGCUGGAGGACAAGGACCUGGAGGUGUGUGCAGUCAACCUGAAGGUGGACCAGCUGGAGGCCGAGCUGCUGGACCUUAACUCCCAGGAAUCCAAGGAUGAGGCAUCGCUAGCCAAGGUAAGGAAGCAGCUUCGUGACAUGGAGGCCAAGUUGAAGGACCAGGAGGAGGAGCUGGAUGAGCAGGCUGGCACCAUCCAGAUGUUGGAGCAGGCCAAGCUGCGUCUGGAGAUGGAGAUGGAGCGUUUGCGUCAAACCCAUUCCAAGGAGAUCGAGAGCAAAGAUGAUGAGGUGGAGGAGAUCAGGCAGUCCUGCAAUAAGAAGCUGAAGCAGAUGGAAGUCCAGCUCGAAGAAGAGUAUGAUGAGAAGCAGAAGGUGCUGAAAGAGAAGAGAGAGCUGGAGUCAAAGCUUUUGUCAGCACAGGACAAGGUGAGAGGUGGUGACAUUGAGACAGAGAAACGCUUGAGGAAGGACCUGAAAAGAACUAAGGCUCUGCUGGCUGAUGCCCAGAUUAUGUUGGACCACAUAAAGAACAAUGCACCCAGCAAGAGAGAGAUCGCCCAGCUCAAGAACCAGCUAGAGGAGUCUGAAUUCACCUGCGCAGCUGCAGUUAAAGCUCGCAAGUCCAUGGAAGUAGAGAUUGAAGACCUGCACGUUCAGAUGGAGGACAUCUCAAAAACAAAACAAGCGCUGGAGGAGCAGCUGAGUCGUCUCCAGAGAGAGAAGAAUGACCUACAGUCCAGGAUGGAGGAGGACCAGGAGGACCUUAACGAGCUGAUGAAGAAACACAAAGCCGCUGUGGCACAGUCAGCCCAGAACCUGGCUCAGAUCACUGACCUACAAGCCCAGUUGGAGGAGGCUCUCAAGGGGAAGCAGGAGAUUCAGGAGAAGAUGCAAGCCCUCCAGAGCCAGCUGGAGUUCCAGGAGCAGUCCAUGGUGGAGAAAUCUCUUGUCAGCCGGCAGGAGGCCAAGAACCGUGAACUAGAGACCAAACUGGAGUUUGAGAAGACUCAGGUCAAACGCCUGGAGAGCCUCGUAGCUCGUCUUAAGGAAAACCUGGAGAAGCUGACAGAGGAACGAGACCAGCGCAGCAGCAGUGAGAAUCGAGAGAAAGAACAGAACAAACGUCUGCAGAGACAGAUCCGUGACAUCAAAGAGGAGAUGGGUGAACUGGCCAAAAAAGAAGCUGAGGCCAGCCGCAAAAAACACGAACUGGAAAUGGACAUUGAGAGCCUAGAGGCUGCUAAUCAGAGCCUGCAGGCAGACCUCAAACUGGCCUUCAAAAGGAUCGGUGACCUCCAGGCUGCCAUCGAGGAUGAGAUGGAGAGUGACGACAAUGAAGACCUUAUCAACAGUUUGCAAGAUAUGGUGACAAAGUAUCAGAAAAGAAAGAAUAGAACUCAGGGGGAUUCAGAAACAGACUCUGAGGUGGAGGAUCGCGUGGAUGGGGUAAAGUCUUGGUUGUCCAAGAGCAAAGGUUCGACCAAGAACCUCUCUGAUGACGGCAGUCUCAAGAGCUCCAGCCCCCCUAGCCGAAGACGCUACUGCUUUGAUAGAUCUGAUGAAGAGGAGGAGGAAGAAGAAAAAGAGGAGGGCCGGGCGGCUGAGGGCUCUUACUACUCUCGACACAGAUACAGCAGCCACAUGAAAGACGAUGAGGUUGAGGACAGGCUCCAUGAGAGCACAUCACAGUCCUCACCACCGGCCUCCACCCUCUGAAAUGCACCAUCAUUCAGCUGAGACAGUUCGCCUUGCAUGUAAAGCUGACCACAGUAGUGGUCACAUGGACACAAACACCCACCUAAACACUUACAUACCUGCAGGAAACCACAACCACUCAAAAUCCAAACUUCCCAUGGCAGGUCCUCACAGGAUUUAGUCAUAGUUGGACUAACAGCAUUGGGUUUUGACUAGGCACUCAUCAGUCUGACCUCACUGCACACAGCAGCUCUGUUACUAAUGACUCCACUCUGCUGGCUGCAUGCAAGCAGCAGUUGUUUGGCUUGAGCAGCCAUCCAGUUUAACUCCCAUCAUGGUUGUAACUGAGCCAAAGAACCUGAGGUUUCAAUGAUACUAUAUUCUUUCUUUCUUUCUCUUUAUCCCUCGUCCUCCCUUAUUUAUAUAUGGUACACCACAAUAAUAUGUAUUGCCAUGCAACAACGUAUUGCCAAAAGCCUUUGUUCCAAGUAUAUGUGCACACUGUUAUACUUAUUGCCAGUUGAUGCUAAAUCCUGAGAAAAGUCUCAGCCUUUUUCUUUCUUUCCUCUUUGGGACAAGUGCCAUUUUAUUUAAGUGUGCUCCUCUACAGCUGGCUUCUCUGCAGCUGUGGCUCUUCACGAACUGCUGCACUGUACACUGAAGAUGUUGUCAUUAUCUUCUGCUUGCUUUAUGUUUUCCUGCAAAGUUUUUUUUCUGCCUUUUGCUGGCAAAUUAUCUCUUCUUUCCAGGGAAGAGGAUUGCAUCAGUUAGCUGCUCUGCUAUGGAAGCAAACCAUUUUUUCUUCUUUUGAAUGUUUUGUUCUUGAUGUUUGACAGAUUUGUUUUGUAGAAGAUCGCUGUCAAGCAAAUUAAUAUCUGCAAGGUUUGAGCUUACAUCUGUGAAAUGCCUUGUCUUAUUUUUAUUUUGACUUGAUUUGGCUAAGUACUUCCCAGGCUUCUUUAGUGACAAAGAGACUAUGGCUCUGUCCUCAGUGCUUGUUAUUCGUAUGCCGUCUGUUGUUUGUUUUUAGUGUGAUCUGCUUUCCUUCUCCAGAGGGCAAGUACUUGACUUUGAGCAACGGUCAUCUGUUGAUUUCUCACAAAACCACUGACUACAUGUAUCUUAAACCAGCAACUUAUAGCAAAAAGCUGGUGUUCUAACUGUAUUUUUCUUAUUUUCAAAAAAUCACAUUGAAAGAAUAUACACACUGUAGUAGUCACAGAUCUAUAGUUAGCCUGCUUCUAUGAAAAUGGUUGUUGCCAAUGAAUCUUUUUUUAAAGACCUGAUUCAAGCAAUUUGGAUUCGACAUGUAACUUGUUCAAAUCACAGAGCCACACUGAAACACAUUCACUGUGUUUCACUGUUGUCAUGAAAAGUGGUAUAACUAGUAGUAACAAGUGGGAGAAAAAAAGGAAGAGAAUCACCAUGCCCCUGCACAGCUGGACACGUGCAGUGAUGAAGGGCAGCAGUUCUCACUGAUUAGUCAGUUGUGUACAUUUGAGUGUGGGCUCAGUAACGUUGAACAUUAAGCCUGCAAGCAAAUUCUGCUUAACUGAAUUAAUCUAAAUCAGUCUUUUUGAUUCACAUCAUUUCACGGGUUUUGAUGAUAAGAAUAGUAGAAUGUCACCAGCCAUUUUCUCGCUUCAUUUUAACAGCAACUGAACUGGACACACUGCAACCCAGCCUGUAUAACCAAUACUGUGAACUCAUGUUCAGUGUCUUUGUUUAUCUGUCAAGUUGUGUGUGUUUUUAACACAGUGAUGCCUGAAUAGCAAGGAAAUAAAAACUUGUAGUUUUAUGGUUGCUUAAGCAUUGCAUCGCACCCUCUGGUCACGUGUCUGUAUUUACUGAGUAGCAUUAGAUAUGUUUGAAAGCCAUUUAAAGACCAGAAGAGCUUAACAUCUUGUGGGGGACUGAAAGAAUUCUUGGAUGUUGUGGGAGAAAUUGGGGCUGAUUCUACUAUUAAUGCUUUUUGUAAACUCUUCAUUUUUAUUUUCUAUGCAGUCGACUCAAGUGUUAAAAUAUGUUUUUGACCUUAUUUACCCUAAUAAAGUGUCUGGCUUCAACAGGAAAAAAAUGACAUAAUGCUGACUGCACACAGUAUUUAUAUAUAUAUGAUUCAUGCUAGCCUUGAAAUACAUCGUCUUUAUUUUCAUUAUUGAACAAAUUGACAACUUGUUAUAAAUUUUGCAUCACAGUUUAAUAUAUUGUAAAUAAAUGAUGGUGAUUGUUUCA